AUGUCCUCUCCCACUGAGGACGUCUCCGGCUUCCACCUCAGCGUGGUGCGUAACCCGCCGGGAUGGGAGGUGGCCAUCUACCUGCUGGGCUUCUUGGUGCUGCUGGGAGCAGCUGGACUCAACAUCUGGAAGCUCUGGAAGUCCGGAUCGUUCCCGGCUCCUUCCCCUUUCCCCAACUUCGACUAUCGAUAUUUGCAGGAGAAAUACGGGACCUCGUUCUCUGAAGUCAGACAGAAGAGAGUGGCAGCGAACAACCACCGCCGUACGUCCACAGCCGGGAGCCGGAAGCCCAGCCUGGCUCUGGGCGACACCCCAGACGGGUUCAAGGACCUGGGACACCUAGAAUUGAUGAGCCGAGAGCUGGAUCCCAUUGGUCUGAACCAGCUGAACCGGUCCAUGUCCACGGACUCCCUCUGCUCCAUCUCUUCCAUUGCACACAACUUUGGACACGACUUCACUGUUGGACAACUGGAGGUGACUCUGGAGCUGGAGGGGAGCAGGCAGACAGGGUCCCAGGGCAUGGGCUUCCUCCACAUCACUUUGCACCAGGGGAAGGACCUCCUGGAGCGAGAGGAGGGCCACUUCCCCGGCUGCUUCAUCCGAGUGUCUCUGGGACCAGACGAGAUCAACGUGGGCGUCACACGGAUACAGACGAAUGCGUUCACGGUGAUCUUUGACGAGAGGUUCUCGGUGCCUCUGGAGCUGUCGCUGUUGGAGGAGUACAGUCUCUGCUUCGCUGCCUUCGGGAUCGAUGUUGAGGAGAGAAACAUCAGCGCUGGAGUCGCAGACCUCAAACUGUCCGACCUGGACCUCACUGUGCGGCCCUUUAACGCAUGGCUCUACCUCCAGGACGUCAACAAGGCCGUUGACACCGUGGGGGAGAUCCUUCUCUCUCUCAGUUACCUCCCGACAGCAGAGCGCCUCACGGUGGUCGUCGCCAAAUGCAAAAACCUGCUGUGGACCAACAGCAAAAACACAGCAGAUCCGUUUGUCAAAGUGUAUCUGCUUCAAGACGGAAGAAAAAUCAGCAAGAAGAAAACGUCAACGAAGAGAGACGACACAAACCCCAUUUUUAACGAAGCAAUGAUCUUCUCUGUUCCCUCACUCGUCCUGCAGGAGCUGUCGCUAAGGGUGACUGUUGCUGAGGCGACAGAAGAUGGGAGGGGUGAGAACCUGGGUCAUGUGAUCAUCGGCCCGGAGGCGAGCGGCAUCGGCAUCACCCACUGGAACCAGAUGUUAGCCACGCUGAGAAAACCUGUGUCCAUGUGGCAUCCACUGCGGCGGAUCUAG